GCUCAUAGCUGCUGGUAUUCAGAUUCCCUUCAUUAAGGCUUCUGUAAGUCGAGCGCCUAUUCAAGGCUUUUGUCGCUCAUUGAUUGAUGUUGACGUAAGUGUCGGGCUGAAGGGGCAAGCAGCGCUCGCCACUCGAGCUCUCUGGACGGCCGCCUGCCGACCGAGCACGCAGCACACAUCAGUCGGUCGGCGCUUCGCCCGCUAGGCACAGGUCUUCGUCGCGCCCACACCGCCAACGCUUCCACAGUUACGCACGAAUUGAUAUUGAUCGCUUUCAUUCACAAUGUUAUGAACCAAGAACCAACACAAGUAUUCAUAACUUCACGAAACAAACUGGCCUUAUUGGUGCUAAACUUUUAACGCAAUAUGUUUUUAAGAGACAUUAAAUAUAUUUAUUAAUAAAAUCAUCUCAUUUCAAGUGAUAAAUUAAGGAACAUUUUAGAACAAUAUUAUUUUAUAGCAGUUUUUUGUUGUUUGUGAAUACAAUUUCAACAUGAAGGAUAAGAAAAAAAGUGAUGGAGCCCACGAGGCUAUGUUGGCCGAGGGCCAGGUGCCCCAGAUCGUCAGCAAGGAGAGCAAGAAGCAGGACGAGUACGAAGCCCUGCAGAGCUUCCUGCGCAGCAUCAGCUCCACAGCCACGCUGCCACCCUACGUGAAGGGCGAGACCUACUCUUCCACUAAAGGAGUAUUCAAUCAGUGCCUAAUAACAUGUGCGGUGCUAAUCCUGGCGGCGGGGGCUGGUCACCCCAUCGGCUUCUCCGCCGUCGCUCUACCCCAACUCAGGGUCGAGAACAGCUCCAUGAGAAUAGAUGAUGAAAUGGGAUCAUGGAUCGCAAGUAUCCACUCCGCCGCCACUCCCCUGGGCUCAAUGCUGUCGGGGCCAAUCAUGGAGGCUAUAGGAAGGAGGCGCACUCUACAAGCCUGCACCCUGCCGCUCAUCGUCGGCUGGAUAAUAAUAGGCACAGCAACACAUCACGCUUUACUUCUACUCGGUAGAAUUGUGUGUGGCUUCGCCGUAGGCAUCAUGGCGGCUCCUUCACAGGUUUAUUUGGGUGAAAUUUCGGAGCCAAGAUUACGAGGUUUGCUGAUAGGCACACCGUUCGUGGCGUACUCUCUGGGCGUGCUGUACGUGUACGCGCUGGGCGGGGCGCUGCCGUGGCGGUCCGUCGCCCACCUGUCCACAGUGCUACCAGCCCUAGCAUUUGUCGCCCUGUGCCUAUCACCAGAGAGCCCCACGUGGCUGGCACGGCGGGGCCGCUUCCACGACGCUAUGGCUGCGAUGGCACGGCUGCGGGGUGACCCUGACACUGCACAACGUGAACUGCAUGAGCUGAUAUCAGCGCGGGAGAAGGAAAAGGCACGCGGUGAAGAGAAAAUCAACUUCUUAGAGACCGUGACGCGGGCACCAGUAUUAAAACCUCUUUUGUUGAUCAACGCAUUUAAUAUACUACAGAUAUUAUCCGGCAGCUAUGUAGUCAUAUUCUAUGCUGUAGAUAUUGUGAGGGAUUCAGGAGGCUCACUUCAACCAACGAUGGCGGCGAACGCGAGCGCGCUGGUGCGGCUGUGCGUGACGGUGGUGGCGUGCAUGCUGCUGCUGCGCGUGACGCGGCGCGCGCUGGUGCUGGUGUCGGGCGCGGGCACGGCGCUGUGCACGCUGGCGCUGGCGGCGCUGCUGAGCGGCGGGCCCGGCGCCGGCCUCGCGCCGCCCGCGCUCGUGCUCGGCUACGUCGCCUUCAACACGCUCGGCUUCUUCCUCCUCCCCGGACUCAUGAUCGGGGAACUCCUCCCCACUAAGGUCCGCGGCCUCUGCGGCGGGUACAUCUUCUGCCUCUUCAACGCCGUGCUCUUCGGUUUCACGAAACUUUACCCGGUCAUGAAAAACAGCAUAGGCAUCGCUGGAGUUUUUGCGCUUUUUGGUUGCUCUUCCCUACUAGCGACUAUAGUUCUGUUCCUCCUACUUCCCGAGACUAAAGGCAAGUCUCUUCUUCAAAUAGAACAGUAUUAUCAAAAACCGAAUAUAUUAUGGAUAUCGCGCAAGAAAAACUCAACGGAGAGCCAAAGGGUUUGAAGCGCAUUAUAAAUUAUUUUGUUGUACUUAAGCGCGCGUCUGACUAACAGUUUAGCGGACGCUAUGUUGCUAUACAGAUGUAUACAAGUUGGCACUACGCACUAUUUUCAUAAGUACUACUAUUAUAUAAAUAUGACCACUGCAUGUUAUUGGAAAUAUGUAUAGAAAUAUUUAAAUUUGUUUAAUAUCUGUGAUAAAUAAUCAUUUCAAUACACCAAAAACGAGAAUUUUAAGAUAUAAGCAAGUAUUCAUGUCCAAAAACAAUAAGCAAUCGAUUUGAGUAAUAAAUCCAUGAGGACAAAUAAAACAACUAAAAAGUUUGUACGAUAUUUUAUAAUAAAAUUAAAUUGCUGUUAUGAGUAUACACUAUUGUUACAAGUAAAUACAUAUAUACAUUUAUUAUACAUAAUAUAAUUAAGACUCGGUAAUGGUGUCUGAGAGGCGCGAAGUAACUUAUCUCAACAAAACAAAUACAAUAAAAACAAGUAGCUGUAAGUAAAUCUCAUUAAAACGGCUAUUCCGUAUACAAAACGAUUGCCUUUUAUUAUAUUUUUAUAAACUUGUAGUGAAACCAAAAACAACAGCGGUUGGUAUUAAAUACCAUUUUAAUAUAGCAAUGAGAGAUUUUUAUCUGUGAUCUUUGUAAUGGACCGCUUAUGAGAUGUACUCGCAAACGUUUAUAGAAUUAGUAAUGUUCAAUAUUCAACAUGAUACUAUAUGUACAAUAGGCUCGAAGGUAAACAAUAGAAUUACUUUAAUGCCACCAUCAAAUACAAAUUGUCGUAACGUCUGCGAGAUAUGUUAAUUUACUAUAGUAUAGACUAAGGUCUGUUAUUUUUCUAUCACCAUGUAGAAAAUUCCAAAUUGUGAUAUAAAUAAACCAAUUACGUAAUAA